AUGAUUGCCUCGAGUUCUGCUAAUUUGUUUUGGCGUGUUGGAAGUCUGUUGGGUGCUACCGGUGUAGUAUGUGGAGCAUUCGGUGCUCAUGGUCUCAAGAAAAUGCUGUUAAAAGAUCCAGACUCCCAGAAACUGAUCGAAAGCUGGAAAACAGCUUCUCAGUAUCAGAUAGGCCAUGCAAUGGUUCUACUGGCUACCUCUAUCCGAAUGAGACAGGUUCCAAAUGCAAGUUCCUUGGCUGGAUGGCUGUUUGUAACUGGUAUUGUUGGAUUCUCUGGAUCGAUUUACUGUCUAGUCAUGGAUCGUAAAAAGCGAAUAUCAAAGGUUCUUGGGCCAGUUACUCCUAUUGGUGGAAUGUUUUUGAUUGCUGGUUGGGCUGCUCUUGCAUUCAUGUAAUACACUCGAUUAUUCCAUACUGAAUUCAGUUAUGGAAUAUGUCUUUACCAUAAUAUGGGUUUGAUCUACAGGGUAUUUGACAGAUCUGAGCAUUCAUCACUUUUAAUCGACCAAA